AUGAGUGAUGGUAGCUAUCUUGUACGGCUGCAUAGUUUGCAGCGGAAAACUAAUAUGAUCAAUAAAACACUUCAAAAGAUGGCCUCGGAAAUAACUGUCCUUAAAUAUGAAUCAUACCAGAACUACUACAGAAAACACGAAAGGCAUUACGAAUGGCAAGACCCAUCUAUUAAAAAAAAGUCUUCAAUUUCACCUAAUAAAAGAAGUAGGCAACCUGUUCCUAGACGACGUAUAAGUGAGCCUGAUUCUUCAAAAAAAACUUCUGAAAGACGUUCAACAAGAAUAGCAAAUAACCCAAAGAUUAAGUUGAACGAAACUGUUGAAGACAGAUCUGAUAGUGAAGGUCUUCGAUUAUCCAUCUCAGAACUAACUGGGAGUUUAGUACGUCCAAUACAACACCCAAUUCGAAAUUCAAAUUGGACACUAGCAGAUGUUGACGAUAAAUAUGAAUCUGAUAGUUUACCAGAUACCGAGGAAUUUGGUUUCAUACCAUUGUCAUUAAAGACCUUACUUCAAACCAAGCAGAUGAAACAAAUUUUGCAAAGCUUCGAUGGACUAUGA